AUGGGCUUCAAGCUAAACUGGUUGAAGACAAAGCUCGAUAAGGUUUCCUUGGAGAGGAAGAAAGGAAAUUCUGAUGGAUUACGAGUCGAGGAACACAUCAAGACUCUUGCGUUGAAGAAGGAAAAAGCCAAGUCUUCUACUUCUGCUGCUAAAGACUGCCUCGAGGGUGUUGUUAGCUCUUGGAAUAAGUGGAAACUACGAGUGGGAUUUGCUGAUCUUGGUUAUAAAAAAAUUGACUGA